UUGGCUGAGCUGAGGGGUUCCAACGUGAGAUAAUUGAAAAAAAAAAAAACUGAGAUUUUUUUUUUCAAGAAGGAGAAAUAACAAACUCAGAAGAUCCAAAAAAAAAAAAGAAGAAAAAAAAACCGAGACAACUGGAGCACUUAACAGUGUGGUUACAUCUCCCUGUCUGCCUCUCUGAGCCCGCCGGGUGCCUUCUUUGGCCAGGCAUUUAAAAACUUCAGCUGCCUCUGGCUAAAUAAAAACAGCCAGCUUGCGCUUUUAAAAAAUAUAAAUAUAUAUAUAUACACAUACAUAUAUAUAUUUAUAUAUAUAUAUACAUAUUUUGUGCCGCUACUCAGCAGUAUGUCACCUGAGUUGGAAGAGAACAGCCAAGGUGAAAUCAGUGUUCCCCAGCUGGACGCAGGGGCACUGUCUGAGGAGGAGGGCAGCGCAUCAGCUCGCCCUCUGGUGCCUGUGCCUGGGGUGGGCUCAGGGUGCGAUGACGGCGGAGGGGGUGGCCCAACGCAGACCCAGGACGAUGCUGCGGCUGGAAAUGGGUCUGUAACAGUACCAGCAGCGGAGAGAGAAACCUGGACCAGACAAAUGGACUUCAUCAUGUCCUGUGUGGGUUUUGCUGUUGGCUUGGGCAACGUGUGGCGGUUCCCUUACCUGUGCUACAAAAAUGGAGGAGGGGUUUUCCUGAUCCCUUACUUGUUGAUUGUGUUCAUCGGGGGCAUCCCAGUCUUCUUCCUGGAGAUUGCCCUGGGACAGUUCAUGAAGCAGGGAGGGGUCUCUGCCUGGAACAUCGCACCCCUCUUUAAAGGUCUGGGCUUGGCCUCAAUGGUGAUCGUGUUCUUCUGUAACACCUACUAUAUCAUGAUCCUGGUGUGGGGCCUCUACUUUCUCUUUCACUCUUUCACUAACCCACUGCCUUGGGCCACCUGCGGACACCCCUGGAACACCCCCAACUGUACACAGGACUUUCGACGCACCUGCCACAACCGCAGUACUUCCCAGCCUGCUCUACCAUCGUCUGCCGCCUCCAACUCCAGCCUCCUCUCCUCCGCAUCCCCGCUGAACCUCUCCUCAGCCCAGCUCCUCCUCAAUGGCAGCUGCAUGGAUGCUGAGGGCCUGCGUUCUCCUGUCAUUGAGUUUUGGGAACGUAAAGUGCUUCGUCUGUCUGGAGGGCUGCACGAGCCCGGUGAUAUAAGCUAUGAGAUGGUGCUGUGUCUUAUAGCCACCUGGAUCAUUGUUUACUUCUGCAUGUGGAAAGGAGUUAAAUCUACUGGCAAGGUUGUGUACUUCACAGCUCUCUUCCCUUACCUGGUUCUGGUUGUUCUUCUUGCCCAUGGGGUCACUCUGCCUGGAGCGUUGGAUGGCAUUGUUUAUUACCUGAAACCAGACUGGUCCAAACUCGGAGAAGCACAGGUGUGGAUAGAUGCCGGCACUCAGAUUUUUUUCUCCUAUGCCAUCGGACUAGGUGCCCUGACUGCGCUGGGUAGCUACAAUCGCUUCCAUAACAACUGUUACCAGGAUGCAUUUGUGCUCGCUCUCAUCAACAGUGGAACCAGUUUCUUUGCCGGCUUUGUGGUAUUCUCUGUGCUGGGUUUCAUGGCUACAGAACAAGGAGUGGACAUCAGUAAAGUAGCUGAGAGUGGUCCAGGCCUGGCCUUUAUAGCCUAUCCCAAGGCUGUGACUCUGAUGCCUCUGGCACCGCUCUGGGCAGCACUUUUCUUCUUCAUGUUACUCAUACUGGGGCUGGACAGUCAGUUUGUUGGGGUUGAAGGUUUAAUAACAGGAAUCAUGGACAUGCUGCCCCCGAAAUAUGCCCUGGGCUCGCUUCGGCGAGAGGUAGUAGCUGCCAUCUGCUGCAUCAUCUGCUUCCUCAUUGACAUGUCCAUGGUUACUGAGGGAGGGAUGUAUGUCUUCCAGCUGUUUGACUACUACUCUGCCAGUGGCAUCACGUUGUUGUGGCAGGCCUUCUGGGAGUGUGUGGUGGUUGCAUGGGUGUAUGGCGCAGACCGUUUCAUGGACGAUGUAGCUCGUAUGAUCGGCUAUCAGCCCCUACCCUAUAUGAAGUGGUGUUGGUCCUACAUCACACCUUUUGUCUGUGUGGGAGUGUUCCUGUUCCACGUGGUUAACUACAAGCCCCUGACCUACAACACAGUGUACACAUACCCCAUCUGGGGUGAAGCACUUGGCUGGGCGCUGGCCCUGUCCUCUAUGCUUUGUAUCCCUGUCACUGUUCUCUACAAACUACUGCGCUGCAAAGGAUCUCUGCGGGAGCGCUGGCAGCACCUAACCACACCAGUUUGGGGCAGACAUCACCUGGAGUACCUGGCCCCUGAGAGUGAGGCUAAACUGCUGCCCCCUGCAGGAACCAAGGGGACACUGCUCUUUGAGAGUGUCAUCUGAUGAGCUGAGCUCUACAGAACAAAAGGGCCAAGGUCAUCUUUGACAGCAGCAGACACGUACAUACGCAAACAAACUUAUAGAUUAAUUACACACCCUUCCGCUUUAAAACUAUAAGAAAGACCUGGACAAUGGACCAAAGAUUAGAUUGGAGAAAAACAACCAUGUAGUCAUCACAUGCUGAUAUACCCUCUGCUCUGUUUUCUGACUCUACCUCGCUGGCUUGCCCCUCUCUUUCUAUCCCACUCCUGCGUUUGUGCUGUUCUGUCCUGUAUUGCUUUGUCUGUGUGAUGUGUCCAGUGUAGUUUGCAAUAUCUUCCCUUUCCGCGCCUUCCUGUCCACGUUUUAACAGCCUCACCUCACAAGCAGUCAUGCCAUCUUCAAUGAGCAUAAACUUAAAAGAGUCUGAUGACUUGUUUUAAAAUUAAAGACCUCAUAUCUGCUGCUGAUAGUGCCACGGUCUGAAUGUUUAUGUGUGUAGAUGCAUGUAUGCCUGUGCCCUUGUGUUUAUAACCCUAUGUCAUCACGUGCGCAUGUGCGUGUCUGUAUGAACGGGUGUUGCGUUAGACCGUGGCGGUGGUAUUUUCCAUUUAUAUGUAACAUUGCCUUCGGCCAUUGUUUCCUGCCAACUGUUCUCUGUGAAUUAACUGUACAAAAAAACAAACUUCCAUUUGUUAAAAACUAAAAUGAUCAUGACAAGCAAUGCAUCACCAAUUCCAGCUAUGUAUUAUAAACUAACUUAAGUAUCCAGUGUGUUGUACGGUCUGUGAAUCAGUGUUAAUAUUUGGAGGGGAUGAUGAUUAUUAUUUCCACACGAAGAGAAGGAGAGAAACCUCUGGGUGAGCUGUUUAAAGAGCAGGAGGCUGGGAUGUCGGGAGGGGAGAGAGAAUUGCUGUGACGCCUGGAGAGAUGCAAUAAAUGGCCAGAUAAAGAUGGA